CCGAUAAACGAAGGGCGAGGAAAAGAAGCCGCCGCGCCGAGCACAAGAUCGAGCGGAGAUUUGUUGAAAUCAUUGUACUUGGGCCUGCGACCUGCUGGCGACUGGCGACAGAUGGAACGAUUUCCCUUGCUCAUCGAAUUAUUUGCUUCUGAUUAUAUCCCAGGAUGGCUGACAGUGACAACGAGAAAGAGCAGCUGGACGAAGGGCCCAAGCCGCUCCAGGAGGAUGAGGAGCUGAAAGCAAAAUUCAGGGGCGCGAGGGACGUCCAGUUUUUCAAGUGGUUGGACGACCAAGAGCACGCCGACUGCACAUUCAUUGUAGGCCACGAUCUGCUGACUCAAAAGACGUUUGAGUGCCACCGCCUGGUCUUAGCUGCUGCCAGUCCUGCGUUCGAGAAAAUGCUGUUGGGCCAAUUCCAAGAGGGCCAACAAGGUCCCAACAAAGUUCCAAUCACCCUGAAAGAUUGCGAUCAUGAAACUUUCUCAUUGGUUCUUCGUUUUGUGUAUGGAUGUGAGACUACCGGCGUUCGUGAAGCUAAGAAGCUGGAUACGGUCGUCAAUGUUUUCACCUUUGCUGCCAAGUGGCAAGUGGCUCUGCUGGACAAAUUGGCUGCUGAUCUAUGCCUUAAAUAUGAACUUGACGUCGAGGAUCUCUUUCAUCUACAUCUUCAGUUUGAACAGCACAAAUUCACAGAUAAGGCUGAAGAAGUCCUGCAGCUUAUGUGUGACCGAGGCAGCGAAGUUCUGGCGUCAUUGGAGUUGGCCAGCCUAGAAACCGUCGAAGCGCUUCUACGCUCUGAGCGUUUGAAUAUCUUUAGUGAAAAAGAGGUACUGUACGGCCUGUUGAAAUGGGGUGCUGCACAGGCAAGUCAGGCGGCUGCAAUGAAUCUUUCUCCAGUCGACAUCGGAGCCCUGCUCACCCCUCUGGUGUGGUACAUCCGCUUCGGCACCUUUUCCAAGACAGACUUCACAAUAAUGCUGGAAGACUUCAACAAAAUUUUCAGUAGUGUGGAGAUAGCCACCAUCAUGGCCCUGAUGGAGAAAAUGAAAAAGGAAAAUUGCAAAGGUUUUGACCUGGAGGCCCCUUGGCGAGGAUUGUUUCGCCCUGACCCGAUUCUGGUCAAAGUCAACCACCCUUUUGAUUACGAGGAGCUCGUCGGCGAGAAAUCUUUCCUAUUUCCUUUCAACAUUGAGGACAAGCCUGUGUACCUGCUGGGUGUUGGGGUGCACAGUCUGUGCCACCUGAACCCUGGUUUGCAAAUGAAUCUUCAAAUCACCCUUCAAACUUUCUCAGUGACGGACAUGGAUUGGGAGACUGUCUCCGAGUGUAGCUUCAAGACUGAGUGCAACAAAUUCAGCCACGCCUGCCUCACAGGUUCUAUGGUCAGGCUGGUGAAUCCAAUUCUGCUUUCUACUGGCAAGGACUACCGUGUCGUUGUGAAGCAUCAGCACGACGGCCCCAGGAUGGUACCAAAGAUUGAGGAAGAGGCAGACUACAUGGAGGUCACUGUGAAAGGUCUUUACGUUAAUUUUGCCCCUCAAGAAGGCGAUGUUUGCGCUCUUGAGUUUGGCUGCCCUUUCCAAGAGCUAUAGAUAAAUGUUCAUCAGUAAAAUGAGCUUUCCCUCUUUAUUGUAUUACACAAAACAAAUCUGUAAAAAAAAAACAUUUUUUAGAUGUUCUAAAUUAAAUGUGACCUAAAAGAUGUCCAAGAAAAUUAGGUGUUUACCUCAUUUAAAAAAUAAUUUAAAACAAAAAUUGUUCCAUUUAUCCAUAUUUAUCAAAAUGUUCGUAAAGCUGUCUGCAUCAUUUUUAUGCCCUGUGAUAUGAACACUUGGGGGCUCAGUAAAAAUGUAUUUAAAUUUGCAACUUGCAACCUAUAACAUCACACACAGAUAAAUUAUGGUUGAUCAUAAAACCUAUUUAGUGUUGUCCUUUAUUCUGUAAUCAUUCUUGUUUCAUAAUUAUUAUGCCAGCGAUAAAAGUUAUGCCAGCGAA